UCCAAGGUGCGCUGACCUCAAUUAUUUAUUUUAUUUAUUUAUUUUCUCUGCAGUUUGUACAAGGCUGCAGAGACAAGAUGGCCGCCAGCCCUCAGGUCACAGACACAUGAAGAAACACUGCCGGACACACACACACCUCCCUCUGUGUGCAGACGACGACUGGGUUUCUAAAUGCCCCUCCGGCUGCAGGCUGCAGGGUUUGAUCUCACAGAUGGAGAGCAAGGUGGAGAGGAAACUAACAAAACUGUGUAAAACAGCAAAGAUUCACGAAGACGCGACUGAGAAGUCCAUGGCGGCCAUGACACGCGUCUACAACCACAACCGGAGAUUCCUCGUCAGCAGAUACGUUUCAGAGCUGAAGUUCGUGGAACAAAGCGAAGUGUUGGCGUUGAACCUAACGUCGCUCCGAAAACGUUCGUCCAAGUUGUCGCUGAAACUCAAGGAGGUGAACCGAGACGUCCAGAAACAAUUAGUGGACUUAUAUCGAACAGAGGUGGAGGUCGACGUGCAGCUGCGAGCCUGCUCUGGUUCCUGUAAGCUGGUGUUUCCGUUCAGCGUGGAUCAUCACAGCUUCCAAACACUUCAAACCGACUUGAGGCCCAGGGACAAGACUCCUCACCAGAGGAGGAAAGUCGUAUCGCCUCCAGAAGACGUCCCUCACAUGAAGCUGCAGACGGUCGACGAACACCCAACAUCGCCCGAGUAUAAAUCCAUCCCAACGGUCCGGAGAGAACUUUUGACCCAGUUCGAGGACAUUCCCCAGAACCGGGUGUUCAUGGAGGAGUUCGAGACCGAAGAGCUCCACUGAGGCAUGGUGGAAGUUAUCGGCACAGAAUAGUUUCUCAGCAUUUAAAACCACCCACUUGGAGGAGUUCGAGACCGAAGAGCUCCACUGAGGCAGGUUCAUGGUGGAGGUUAACAGCACUUAGGGGUUCAAAGGGUCUCUUCUAAUAAACACAUCACUGUAAGCCUGUUUAUUAACAACAACACGCUCUUUAUUAACGUGCACACAGGGCUGGGCAAUACAUCGAUAUAUAUUUCAGAUUAGACAUCGUUGUAUUUUGGAUAUCGUAUAUUGCAUAAGUGUCUUUUCCUGUUUUUAUAGACUGCAAAGACAUGUCAUUUUCUGAAGUAACCAGGAUGUUUUUUCCAUCAUCAUUAUAGUCUCUAUAUCCACAUAACUAAUGAUUAUUUAUUACAAAUGUAAUAUAAGUGUUAAUAUUUAUUGAUAUCUCCGAUAAUCAACGCCUCAAUAUCUUCUUAAUAUCAUUAUCAAGGUAUUUGAUUUUCUCUUCGUCCACCUUACUGUUGCACGUCAAAAAUGCCUGUUUGUUCACUUCCAAUAUUAUCAGUAUCAUGUUGUAAAGCAGAAUCACUGCAGGGAGGUUAAUAGUUAGGCGGCGACCUCUAGUGGCCGUAGACUAGUUAUUCUAAGUCUUAUUUUAAGUUAUACACCUAAGACUUACGUAACAUACUUAACAGAAAAAAUGCACUUAGCUUAAUCAGCCUUAUAUGUGUUUGAUGUGUGCAUAACCAACUAUUUAAUUCUACCCUUAAACCAGGUCCUAAACCAAACCAAGGAGUGUUGUUGCUUAAACAUGAAACAAUGACUUUUGCUUCAAUUCACAAUUUAAUAAAUAUCUUUUGUUUUUGUUUCCCUCAUCUAAAGCAUUAUAAUGGUAGUAAUAACAGACAUUCAAUGGGAUGAUAACAUUUAAAAUAUGUGGUUUGUCCAGUUUUUUCAUAUUGAAUGCAUUUUCUGUUUGAUACAAAAUCUGAAAUUGCCAUAAAAAAAAAAAUUGGAGUCACUUUUAUUGGAAAAAUAUGAUUUUAAGCAAUUUUGGGGACAAAGUGAAUCUCUAACUUUCAGUGGCAGCCAAUAUGUUAAUCAUUCAAACCCUUCUCUAUGUUAAUGUGUUAAAGGUAUUCUCUGUACCAUCUUCCUGUCAUAAUUGUCAACAAAUAAUGUAUUUCUAAAACACCUCAAACUGUUUUUCCGUCCAUUUUAAAAUGUCUGUAAAAACAAUAGUCUUCACGAACGAGCCGUGUAUUUCUCUGGUUCUGCAUGUGGGUGACAGCUUUAAUCUGAUCUGUCACUAGACACAUUUAAAUAUCAAUGCAUAAAGAACACACUCCUCUGUUUCCUGUUAUAUUAUUUAUGUCACUGUUUCAACAAUGACCCCCUCACUGUUCAGCCAUAAACUCACUGCAUGAUGAAAUGUUAUUUGUAUAUGCACGGAUCAAUAAAACACACUUUUGCACA